CCUUCGCGUAGUGAAAAAUCGAAACUUGCCAGCGCACACAGAAAUUUGUACUACGCGAAAAUCUUUCCAGGAAAAACGCAAAUAUGGUUCCGCCAGCUGGCUUGUGCGGCCGCUGGGUGAGUCUGCUGCUGGUUCUGUGCGUGGGAACCGCCGUCGGACGGCGACAUCAUCUGGAAGUUCGGGAUGAUUUACGACGAUACAUUCCGCUCAGUACGUUCGGGUUCUACUCGGGUGGCAUUCUGGACGUGAAGGUGACGGAUUUCCGGGUGGAGCCGGGCUCGGAGAAUUAUAUUUUUGGCCUCUCGCUGGAUAAGACACUGUCGGACGCUAUGAAUCCGUACCUGGACACCCACCAGGAUAUCUGCAUUCUGAGGGAUCCGAUUGGGAACCUGCGCAGCGGACCGAUCGUCUUUUUCGUGAUGGAUCUGAAGCAUGAAGUCGUCCAUCUGAACUGCUCGAGCGAGUGGCAGAACGUGCACAUCUACCGCGACCAGAAGCAGAUUCCGGCGCUGCGCUCCAAGCGCCAGUCCUUCGCCAAGGUCAGCGACUCCAAGUCGAUGUACAUGCAGCGCCGGAAACGUCGGGAUAUCGCGUCGCCGGUGGCCGGCGAGUCCGCCGGAGCGUCGGUUUGCCGCAACUUUAACCUCUCGCUGAGCUGCGAGAAGCGCGACCCCUUCAAGUACUGCAGCUUUAAUUUCGCAGUCUGGGUCGCGAGCAAGGCCGAGGAGGGUCUCUACAACCUGUACUUCCACAGCUGCCCCAACUACGACCUGAGCAAUCUAUACCCUCUUCAAUUCGACGUCACCAUCGAGGAGAACAACAGCGGAAACUAUCUCUCCGCGGGAGAGAUGCCCCUCCCUGCGCUCUACUUCAUGAUGUCGCUGCUCUUCUUCCUGUCCGGCCUGUUCUGGGUGUUUAUCCUGCGCAAGAGCAAACAUCCCGUGUUCAAGAUCCACUACCUGAUGGCGGUGCUGGUCUUUUUGAAGUCACUCUCGCUCAUGUUCCACGCCAUCAACUAUCACUUUAUCGAGACGCAGGGCGAGCACGUCGAGGCGUGGGCCAUCCUGUACUACGUGACACAUCUCUUGAAGGGAGCGGUCCUGUUCAUCACGAUCGUGCUGAUCGGCACCGGGUGGACCUUCAUCAAGCACAUCCUCGCGGACAAGGACAAAAAGCUCUUCAUGAUCGUAAUUCCGCUGCAAGUGCUCGCCAACGUGGCGGAGAUCAUCAUCGCCGAGAGUGAGGAAGGCGACAAGGAGCACAGCACCUGGCGGGACAUUUUCAUACUGGUGGAUUUGCUGUGCUGUGGAGCGAUUCUGUUCCCGGUGGUUUGGUCGAUUCGGCACCUGCAAGAGGCGGCCGGGACGGACGGGAAGGCGGCGAUUAAUCUGAGGAAGUUGAAGCUUUUCCGGCAGUUUUACAUCAUGAUCGUGUGCUACAUCUACUUUACCCGGAUCAUUGUGUAUUUGCUGAAGAUAACGGUCGCCUUCCAGUACGCCUGGCUGGACGAGAUGUUCAAGGAGAUGGCCACGUACGUGUUCUUCGUGCUGACGGGCUACAAGUUCCGCCCCGUCUCGCAAAACCCAUACUUUUCGAUGCACGGCGGCGGCGACGACGACGACGACGACGAGGAGGUGGAAGUUCUCACCCAAACGGGCCUGACCGAGGGCAUCAGCAAGGUGACGAACCGCUCGCAGCUGCCGGGCUCCACGAUGGUGCACGAGUCGAACGAGGACGAGCGGGAGAAUUUAAUCAGCAAGCGGGAAUCGUCGCACGAGUACGAUUAAUUUCCAUUCGAUACUAACUAACACUUCACAGGUUCAUGUAUUCAUUAAACUCCAAAACAAAAAGGGGAAAAAAUAACCCGCUCAGUGCAGAUUUGAAAACAAAAGUUAGUAAUGAAAGGCUAAUAUUAUUAUAACAAAGCAAAACCAUCUAAAACAUAAACUAUGUAACGAGAACUUAUACAAUUAUGAUAAUUUUAUUGUACCUUCUUUUAUUUUUUACUAAGAUCGAACUGAAUUCGUCGUUCCACUUUGAAACCGCAGGCAAACUAAGCUAAUUUAAUAAAACAAAUAAAAACAGUGAAAUUGCUUCUUCUGUGAUUUAACUCUCAAAUGUUGCGCUCUUUCUGUGUGAAAGAAGAAGAUAUUCGCCGGUAGAAGAUAUAUUGUGACCAAAAACUUAAAGAAAUAAAAUUCACGAAAAAGAGUUUGAUAAAAAGAAGUUCACUUUAGACAAACAAAUAAGAAGUAAAAAAACUCUCCGUGUCAAAGAUGGGGGAAAAUUUUUGAAGCACGCGAGGUGAGUUAAAAAUAAGUGAGAAAGUGCAAAAUUAAGCAAGAUUUUUGAGAAUUUGCCUAUGUGAAUAAAACUUACCGAUAGUUUCACUAAUAA